AUAUACACAAACAAAGUACAUACAUAUAUAAACACAACAAUUUCCAGAUAACGGAGUCGGACCCUAGGGGGUUGGUUAUGAGGGGUUGGUUAUUAUAAUUAAUAGUUUUUAAGGUGUUUUUGUUGUAAAGGUUUGAACUACACCUACCGUUUCUAGCAUUUGGCUGUCACUUAGUUCUUUGUUUUUUUGUGUUGUGUCUCCUUCUUUUUUGUCUUCGGGUUCCAGGGUGGUACUGUGCCUUAGUAUUUCUAAUUCUAAUUUAUCUACGUUCACGAGAACUUCUUGAUUUCGGAACACGUCUUGUGUAAGGAAUAUGUCUUCCGGUGUGUUUGGACUCUAUAAUAAAUUCUAAAUAUGCAUAAUGUGUAAGAAUAGUAUGGGGUGCUUUCAAUGGUGAAUUAUAGUGGCGUGUAAUGUUCAAGUAAAUGCUAAAUUAUAGUGGGGUGGUGAUGGUAUUACUUAUUAAGUACGUAAAUGUGAUAAAGGGAAUGUUUUUCUUACUGUGUUGCUGGGUGUUGUAGUAGGGUGUAUAUUUAUGUAAUUAUUUGAUGCCAUUGUUCGUGUUGUCGUUAAUGUGGAUUUUUUUAAGUUUAUCGUGAGGACCAGUCACAUCUACAGCUGCUAAUGACACAUGCUAAGGAAUGGGCUGGGAUUGAAACUUUUCAAAAGUCGAUAUUCAUGGUUGAUAAAGCUCAAGAAGAAAUAUCUGGACUACAGUCUGUUUUUCCAGGAAAUAAAAUAUUUCUCUGUCGCUUUCAUGUAGCUAAAGCUUUUAUUUAUCAAAUUAAAAAGGGUAGACUUACUGCUGACGAUCAGGAAUUGUUAUUCAAGGCUACUCAGAAAUUAAUGUACGGUAAUCAGGCAACAUGCGCUGAAGCUUUGUUAAAUAUUGAAAAAAAUUUCCCUACGUUCUAUGUGUAUCUUCAAGAAAACUGGCUGACCAUACCAGAAAUGUUUAUGGGUCACUAUAGAAAAGGUCUGAUGCAUUUAGACAAUCAUACUAAUAACAGACUUGAAAGAUAUCAUAGAACACUUAAAGAUGUUGGUCUUUUGUUACGCAUGUCACCAGGAAAUCUUAUAGAUAAAAUUCUUAAGGUUAAUAGAGUGCAAAUAGAAAAAUCUAAACAUGCAGACUUUGACCAACAACUAAAAAUUAACAAUAAACUUCCAGAGCCACUAAAGUUUUAUUCACGUCAUGUUUCUUCUUUUAUUCUUCAUCAUCUCAUGGAACAAUAUGAUAAAAGUGUCAAGUCUGAUUUUAGUUUAUAUGAGGACAGAGAUUCAUUACAAAUCAUCGAUCGGCAAUCAACUUUUUAUAACAUAAUAGACUGGGUUUGCAUCUGUGAUGCUGCAUCAGGGUUUGGCGUGCCGUGUGCUCAUGUUCUUUUUGCUCUAAGAACGAAGAAUGUAACUGUUAAUGAUCUACAGUUGAUUCAUAAAAGGUAACCUUGGGUUUUCUACUAAUUAAUAAUAAUAAAGGUUCGUAAUAUUAUAUAACUUCAUGACCUUAUUUAAAUUUCAAUCUACUUAUGUUAUAGAUUGCUAAAUUAAAAUUUAUUUGAAUAAUAAUCAAUUUACAAUUUAGUAGUCAAAACAUGUAUUGUAAUGUUGCACGCAAUUUAUUACUUAUUAAAUGUUCUGAGUCAUUGUUUAUUCUAGAAAAAGUUAGUUUAAAAAGUUACCAUGCCAUUCAGGUAAUCUAAAAAGCAAAAGAAAUGAUGUAUCAAUGAUCCCCGAUUUGCAUUUUUUAAUGCUAAAUUGAUUGUCUGUUAUAGUUCAAUAAAUGAAAUAAUUACUUUUAUUUAAUUGGC